GAACUGGAUAUCCGAAGGUUUUGAAGAUUGAUGUGCGUGGUGAAUUAGUGGAGGGAAACAUUAUUAGGGGCCAUGUGGAGGUUGCGUGGUGUGGCGGGACCCCUGGGAAAGGUGUUUCGAGUUGGUUAAGGAGAAGAUGGAAUGGCAGCCCAGUAGUAAUUGUUGGUGCAGAGGAUGAGGAAUAUCAGGUGACUUUAGAUGACUUAGAUUCGUGUUUGGUAUAUAUGUACACACCUAUAACCGAAGAAGGUGCCAAAGGGGAACCUCAGUAUGCAAUUACAGACUAUGUGAAACCAGGUGCGAGAUGA